AUGCAGCAACGAGGCCUGUCCAUAUCAUCAUCAGCAACAGCCUCAUCAUUCAUGUCCGGGUCAACAGAACUAGACCCCAGUGCGAGCUCCUAUCAUGCCCCGGAUAUGGCAUGGAACUCGACUCCAACCCCACCUGAUCCAGCACUUCUAACAAUUCAACAUGCCUAUGCAUCUCAUCGGCCGUCGCUAUCUAUUGACGGCGCCACGCUGCGUCCGCGCUCGGGCUCGUUCGCGUCGUCGGCGGAUACGAUGGUUCGAUCUCGAGCCAACUCGGUAGACCCGGGCUAUGUGGAUGUUGAUUCUAAAGUCGACUAUGACGAUGUGUCACUCUCUGAAGCAUUGGCUCCGGAUCCUCGAAAUAAAGAUGAUUUCCGAGUUGAUGAUAACCGAUUUGCAUUUUCGCCAGGCCAGCUGAAUAAAAUGCAGAAUCCAAAGUCACUCGCUGCGUUUCAUGCGCUGGGUGGGCUGCAUGGAUUGGAACGUGGGCUGCGAACGGAUCUGAAUGCUGGGCUAUCAGUUGAUGAGCGGAGGUUAGAAGGGAGGGUUGAAUUUGAUCAGGUCAACCCAUUGUCGACUUCUCGGGGGAAACGAUCGGCCUCUAUCAACAAACUUCAGCCUCUUCCAGAACCAGAUCCAACGCAAAGUUUAGGAGGGAGUGAAGGUUCACCGUUCGAAGAUCGCAUCCGUAUUUUCAGACAGAACAGACUGCCGACUCGGAAAUCAACUGGGUUCUUGAAGCUGUUCUGGAUGGCAUAUAACGACAAGAUCAUUAUAUUGCUGACCAUUGCGGCCAUCGUGUCUUUGUCUCUGGGUAUAUAUGAAACCAUCGACGGAGGAACGGGCGUCGACUGGGUGGAAGGCGUUGCUAUCUGCGUGGCCAUCUUGAUCGUUACUGUCGUCACUGCUGCCAAUGACUGGCAGAAAGAAAGACAGUUUGCUAAACUCAACAAGCGGAAUAACGACCGCGAAGUCAAAGCCGUCCGCUCAGGCAAAGUCACCAUGAUAUCCAUCUACGACGUCAUGGCUGGCGAUAUCCUCCACCUCGAGCCGGGCGAUUCCAUUCCCGCUGACGGGGUAUUGAUCUCCGGCCACGGCGUGAAGUGUGACGAGUCCUCUGCCACGGGCGAGUCGGACCAGAUGAAAAAGAUUAAUGGCCACGAAGUAUGGCAGCGGAUCAUCGAUGACACUGCAACAAAACGACUCGAUCCGUUCAUGAUCUCUGGAAGCAAAGUUUUAGAAGGCGUUGGCACAUAUCUGGUCACCAGCGUCGGGCCGUAUUCCUCUUAUGGUCGGAUUAUGUUGUCUUUGCAGACAUCCAACGACCCGACCCCACUUCAGGUGAAGCUAGGCCGGUUGGCGGAUUGGAUUGGGUAUGUGGGUUCGGGUGCUGCCACGAUUCUUUUUUUGGUGCUGUUGUUUCGGUUCAUCGCCCAUCUCUCGGAUAACCCGGCGAACCCUGCAGUCAAGGGCAAGGAGUUCGUAGAUAUUCUAAUUGUCGCUGUCACCGUCAUUGUUGUCGCGAUUCCAGAGGGUCUUCCCCUAGCAGUAACGCUAGCUCUAGCUUUUGCUACCAGCCGCAUGGUUAAGGAGAACAACCUCGUUCGCGUCCUACGUGCCUGUGAGACCAUGGGAAAUGCAACCGUCGUGUGUUCCGACAAGACGGGAACAUUAACCCAGAACAAAAUGACUGUGGUCGCUGGGACCUGGGGACCGGGUCAACGUUUCAGCCACUCGCCAGAUGAUUCUGAUACUGAGAAGUCGGCAACUAUAUCCCAAAUUUCCCAGGGGUUCUCGGCACCAGUCCGGAACUUGAUUGUCAAAAGCGUUGCUUUGAACUCCACAGCGUUCGAGGAAGACAAAGACGGGCAGAAGGAGUUCGUUGGCAGCAAAACCGAAGUGGCGCUCCUCCAACUCGCUCGCGAUUACCUUGGCAUGGACCUUGUCUCCGAGCGCGGUUCUGCUCAUAUCCUUCAAUUGAUUCCAUUUGACUCUUCCCGCAAGUGCAUGGGUGUGGUAUACCACGAACCUGGCGCAGGAUACCGUCUUUUGGUUAAGGGAGCUGCAGAGCUUAUGGUUGGUGUUUGCAGUACCCAAAUCACAGAUAUCGAUGUGUCAAAGAAAAGCCUUGCGACCGAGCAGCUUUCUGGGACAGACCGAGAAGAAACCUUGGCAACAAUUGACCGAUACGCCCAGCGUUCCUUGCGGACAAUCGGCAUCGUGUAUAAGGACUUUCCAAACUGGCCACCGACAGAGGCCAAGACCUUGGAGGAUGACUUAUCUGCCGCCAGCUUUGAUGAUGUCUUCCAUGAUAUGACCUGGGUUGGUGUCGUCGGCAUCCAGGAUCCUCUGCGGCCUGAAGUCCCAGCUGCAAUCCGCAAGUGUCAUACGGCUGGAGUUCAGGUUAAAAUGGUGACGGGGGACAAUGUCGCCACUGCCACGGCAAUUGCAGAGUCCUGCGGCAUCAAGACCGAGGACGGCUUAGUGAUGGAAGGCCCCAAGUUCCGGCAACUGACAGAUGAGGAGAUGGACAAGGUGAUUCCCAAUCUCCAGGUCCUGGCGCGGUCUUCGCCAGAGGACAAGCGCAUUCUCGUCGAGCGGCUUAAGAUUCUCGGGGAGACCGUCGCCGUGACGGGCGAUGGCACCAAUGACGGGCCAGCUCUUCGGACCGCAGACGUUGGGUUUUCUAUGGGUGUGGCUGGAACAGAGGUAGCCAAGGAGGCAAGUUCGAUCAUCCUGUUGGACGAUAACUUCCGGUCAAUCGUGACCGCAAUUGCCUGGGGCCGAGCCGUCAAUGACGCCGUGGCCAAGUUCCUGCAAUUCCAGAUCACAGUCAACAUCACCGCCGUGGUGUUGACUUUUGUAUCAUCUGUCUACAGUUCUUCAAACAACAGCGUCCUGAACGCCGUGCAACUGCUUUGGGUCAACCUAAUCAUGGACACAUUUGCUGCGCUAGCGCUCGCAACCGACGCCCCAACAGAGCAAAUCCUCGACCGCAAGCCCGUCUCUAAACGGGACUCGCUCUUCACUCUGACGAUGUGGAAGAUGAUCCUCGGACAAGCGAUAUACCAACUCGGCGUGACGUUCAUGCUUUACUUUGCCGGCGACAAGCUUCUUGGUUCUCAUCUGCAUAACGACCCCAACAACCCGGAACUCCGACAGAAAGAGCUCUCGACCGUUGUUUUCAACACAUUCGUCUGGAUGCAGAUCUUCAACGAGUUCAAUAACAGGCGGCUUGAUAACCGCUUCAAUAUAUUCGAAGGCAUGUUCCGCAACUAUUGGUUCCUGGGAAUCAACGCCAUCAUGGUCGGCGGCCAAAUCAUGAUUGUCUUUGUUGGCGGCGAGGCCUUUGGUGUUACGCCCUUAAGCGGGAUUCUGUGGGCUAUCUGCCUCAUCUGUGCAAUUGGAUGUCUGGGGUGGGCGGUGAUUCUGCGUCUGAUACCAGACCGCCAUUUUGGUGUUGUCUUCAAUGCCGUGGUGGAUAGUCUAACAUUUAUUCUGCAGCCACUUCUCAACGGCUGUGGGGCUGUUGCUCGCGGUAUCAAGGCGUUUUUUCAACCCUUGCCUCGGUUUACCCGGCGCAUCUUUACUCGGGGAGGUUCGAGGGACGAUAAUUCUGUCAGCCCUGUGGACGAAGAAGCCGCUGCUCCUGCAUCUGCUUCUUGUGAGCAGCAGCGCAAGCAGACACCUGAGCGGCCUCAGACACCGCCGCAAUUGACCGUGCCUCCUAUAAUGGUCACUAUAUCUCCUUAG